AUGAUGGGUGGGUGGGAUGGGAAGCCCACAGUGAUCGGCAUGACAAUAACUUAAGCAUAGAGAAGAAAAACUCAGAUCCUAAACCUCUGCUGCCUUGUGGGGAAUCUUCAGGAGAAGAUAAUGUAGGGAGUAAAACCUACACAGAACCAGAGUGCAGUCCCUAAGACAAUUGGAUGGGGCCCUGUGUGCCUCCUUCUGGCAACUCCUGCAGCCAAGCUGCUGCCAAACAUUUGCUCUGCUUCCCUUUGGACCGCAUUGUUAUCUGGCAUCCCAGGACCUCCACACACACUGCCCAGGCUUGCGCCCCAGACAGGUCACUUUGGUGUUACUAACAGUUUGACUUCAGAGGCACACUCCAUUCUAUCUCUCAAGACACAUGCAUGGCAACAACAACAGAGGUUGGGGUAUAUCUUAGUAGUAUUGGGAUCCCACCAUUCCUCCAAUGGACUCAGAGCAGUUUUCUCCUGUGUCACAGUGUCUUAAUGGCUAGGAAUGUGUGCCUAGCCCAAAGUCACCAAGUGAGCUUCAUUGCUGACACAGGGACAUUGGAGACUGCCCUUCUACCAAGUCAUGCCACUAGCUCAGCACCGGCCAUGCUGACUUGCCGUGGUUCUCCAGGAUUUCAGGCAGCAUGCACUCCAAGCCCUACCUAAAGAUGCCAGGGUUGAACCUUGUACCUUGUGCAUGCAAAGAGAUGCUCUACCCCUGAGCUAUUGCCCUGCCCCAGGCCUAAUACACAAUCCACUAUACCAUGCUGUCUGAUGAGAAUUUCCAAAUUAUACAUCAGUCUUGGGAAUCUGAAUGUACUGUGUAUAUAUGUGUGUGCAUACAUACAACACAGCAGCAAUAUAUGGCUUAAAGCAUUUGUUCUUAGUUUCUAUUUACCCUGAUACUCCUCUAGACACCCUCAUUUGAAUAGUAUGCCUGAACAAAUGAUCAGGUUACACCUGUUUAGGUUACACUGCCUAGGAAACCAUCAUACUCCAUUUUCAACGCUUGACGCUGUAAAACUCCGUUUCUGGGAAAGCAAAUGAUUAAUUUUUAAUGGUACCAGAAACCUGCUGCGUGCUUUUUUUUGACAGCCAUCUGCUGCUCUACAAGGUAAGUCUGUUUACCACUUAUGAUAAAGUGUUCGUAUAUGUGUGUUCUUUUUAAACAGGAUGGAAGUAUAACAGCUUUUUAAAAUCUUAAGUGCAGCAUCAGCAGCAACAGAAUAGAGCCAAGCAAAAGUGUUUUGCUCAGAAAUGUACAAAUGCUCAUGGGAUAGGAGUCGGGGGGGGGGGAGCUGGUUGUGGAAGUGGGUGGGUGGGUGUUUUGCUAUCAUAAGUAGCAAGAAGACCUGUCAUUCUGUAAUGGUCAGUUGCGAGGGACUUAAAGCUUGGAUCCCGGUCCUUCUCCAUUUUUUACUGUGCUGGUUGUUAAAAAGUGUUAGCGUUUGUAAACACGACCACUUGCUUAUCGAUUACUCUGGGGACUCUCUUUACACUCUAUUAACUCUCACCAAAAGAAAAAAUAUUUCCAAUUCAACUAACCAGAAAAUAUGAUGAGAAUUAGUAGUUGUAGCCAAGAAUGUGCAGGAAAUCUACUUGCAGCAUUGCUAUAUGUACCUUUGUCAUCCAUGAAAAUAUUUCAAUAAAAACUUUUUUUUUAAGUAUAAAGAGACAAAGUGAGAAUUAAAAAGGCUAAUCCUGUAUUGUAGGAACAAAUUUAAUAGGGGCCAUGUCACUUAGAAUUACAAGUGCAUCACCACCAACCUUACCUAGGGUGGGUCACACCCUGCCUUAGGUCACCGUGUCAGCUUUUUUUAACAAGGAGAAUGAGAAGGAAGCGAAAGAGAAAUAAGGCAAACGUAAAACUAAGGCAAUAGGAGGGCAGAUCUAGGAAGGAAUAGGUGAGAAUUAGCCUUCACCAACCUGGUGUCUGACCAGCACUGGAAGUUGUGGCACCAAAUCCUCUGGUUGGCAAAGGAUGUCUAAGAUGAAGAGUCUGAUGUGAAUCCCCUGUUGAAGGCUGGUGUGAAAUGCCCCUCCCCCAAGGUAUGGGAAGGAUGGAGGCCCUUGCAAUGUGGGGUAGAGCUUUUGUGCCUUUGGAAAUGAUUUAGGAGAAAGAUAAGCUGUUCCUGCAUUGUGGUAGGAGAACUUGCAUCUGCUGGAGUUCUCUUGAUGAUGAACCUACUGAACUACCCAAGGGGAUAGUUUCCUUAAGUAGGGGUGCCCAAACUUUUUUCAAAGAGGGCCAGAUUUGAUGAAGUAAACAUGCGUGAGGGCCGAUUUUGUAGGUGGAAAAUUUAGGAUUUUACCCCAGGAGAUAAACUGCCACAGGGGCCAGAUUAAACCAACUGGUGGGCCGGAUUAGGCCCCCGAAAUUGACUUUGGACAUGCCUGCCUUAAAGCAAACGGGACUUCACAAUGUACAUAAUCAUUAAAGGCCAUUAUAAAAUAUAAAGACAAUUAGUUCCUGACAAGACAUUGCCCUGAACAGCUUUUUAAGUGGAAAUAAAAAUAAAAUAAAAUAAAUUUUCCAGUAGCACCUUAUAGACCAACUAAGUUUGUUCUGGUAUAAGCUUUAGUGUGCAUGCACACUUCUUUCAGAACAAACUUAGUUGGUCUAUAAGGUGCUCCUGGACAAUUUUUUAUUUUUAAAAAUUUUAUUUUUUUGACUAUGUCAGACCAACACGGCUACCUAACUGAAUCUAGCUUAUUAAGUGGUUCUUGUGGCUUCUCCUAAGUAUUAGCAUUAAGUACUAGCAGGAUGGAAUUUCACAACUGAUAAUUAUGAAAAGAUUGAUGUUAAGGUAAUAACAUAUAUGAAAGCGUUCAAUGUUUCAGUUCUCUCUCGUGUAUACAUUUAAAGCGCAUCACUUCCCCCCAAGGAAUCCCGAGAACUGUAGUUCACCCCUCAAAUAACUACAAUUCCAAGCACCCUUAAACUACAUUUCCCAGAAUUCUUUGGGGGAAGCUAUGCCCUUUCAAUGUGCUUUAGGUGUGUGGGGUGUAUAUAGUCAUCAUGUACAGAGGGGACACAUUGGGGGGAAAGGGCAAAGAGGUGUGGGCAGAAAAGGGUUGAUUUUUGCUGGAUUUCUCUCCAUGUUACAUGGCAGUAGUUUUUAAAUUUUUAGGAGAAAGGGAAGGCUAAUCUGCAGAAUUCUGUCAUAACACCUGAUCUUACAAGCUGCUUUGCUCAUACAAGAACUCACAGGAUUGGUCUGUUAUGUCCUUAACCCUAAUGAGGGUAUUGUAUAUCCCUGUGGCACACAUGCUUCACCUUUUCACCGCCAGGCUAGACAAGCACAGAUGCAGCAGCCACUCCCUUGCUUGCAAUGUUGCUGUGCUGAGAAAGGAAAAGACCCACUGGGUGCCCCAGUCUGAUACAUGCCCCUGGAAUGUGACCAGUGUUCUCUGCGUUGUGUGUUGCAACAGUACCUGUGGCAAACAUGAUCACCUGUAAAGAGUAAAGCAGUCUCCAGAGCCUCCAUCAAAUGACAUGUCUACUUACAUUUCUUCAUAUGAUGGGAGCGGCACCUGCUGUGGAAUAUUUAAUGUUUAACUCCAUGUUACCUGUCAGUGUUUUCCCAUUUUGGUGGACAGUGCUGUUUUUGAUUCACAGUUCCAUAGAUCUAAGGAGUCAAUGGCUAAGGAGCAUGUAACUCUUAAUCGUAGGCUUGUGGGUUCCAGCCCCACAUUGGGCACAAAAGAUUCCUGCAUUGCAGGGGGUUGGACUUGAUGACCCUCAUGGUCUCUUCCAGUUCUACGAUUCUAUGAACCCACUUUUCAGGAGCAAAAAAACAUGCAAUAUAUCUAGAUUGUGUGUGGACUGUGUAGAAUAAACAACUACUCAAUCGCUAUUGAAUCUAGAAUCAAAUGUCACGUGUACACAGCCUAUAUUGCCUUCCAUGAACAGGCUACUUUGGAUGCAAGCUGGUAGUUUUUUAAAAAGGUGCAAACCUUGCAGCUGAUUGAAAUAAGUCCUGCAUUGACCUGCUCCUCUUCUUCAUUGAAUUCCCCCCCCCAUCAUGUGAUUUCUUUCAAAAAUGGGGGGCGGGGACUUGUAUUCAUGGAUGUAUUCCAUAGGGGAGGCUAAUCUUUGGCCCUCCAGAUGUUGCUGAACAUCCUUCAUCCAUGACCUUUGCCCAUGCUGACUGGGUCUGAUGGGACCUGCAGGACCACAGGUUAGCCACUCCUACCCUAUUGCCUUCCACCAGCAGCCUGCUCAUUUCUCUUAGCGGAAGGCACACCUAGCAAUUUCACUGGGCAUGUGCAUUGGGAUUAGUAUCUCCUCCAGUAUCCUUAUCUAAAGGUUCUUCCUCAGUCCUUAUGAGUAGCUUUCACAACCCUGGGGAGCUAAAGUUGGCAGAACUCAGGAGGCAGGGUUAAAACAAUGGAGUGCAUGUGAUGUUCUGUGAAUCAUUGUCAGAAUCUUGGCCAAUCGCUUUCAUAGAAUCCUCCUUUUCUUUUUUAAGUAUCCACAGCCUAGAGAGUGUGUAAAAUCAUAGAAUUGUAGAGUUUGAAGGGACCCAGAGAGUCAUCCAGUCCAACCCCCUGCAAUGCAGGAAUAGGCAGCUGUCCCACACAGGGAUCAAACCUGUAACUUUGGCGUUAUCAGCACCACUGAGCUAUCCAGGCAGGCAUGACAACUGAUAAUUAAAGGUCAACUUAAGGAGUAACUAGAAGAGAAAUGGUUCCUUGACUUAAUUAAGUUCUAUGGAUCUGCCUGGCUGGCUAUAUAUCCAGGCUCCAUCUGUGCUUUACGUUUAAUUGAUUAUAAAUAAGAUUUAGAAAGUUUCCACUCCACUGAUGCAAAGGGCCUCCGCGUGUGAUGGGCUUUAUGCAUCCUGCCAUGAUGCGCUCUCUCCUUGUAUCUGUUUUCCCCUUGAUUAUUUGCAGCAAUCUGUUCUGAAUCAAGGCCUCGACUCCACAGUACAUGACUUGACAGGUGUUACAGUAGAAUAGAUGCUGCUCUGGGGCCUUUUAUUGUGAUACAGCAAGAGAAAGUAACACAGACUAAUGAUAAAGUGAGAGAACAGUGCCACCUCUCAGCAAAACUGUGGAACUGAAAGUUGGUCUACUCUGCAGACUAUACAGCAAGGAUGGGAGAAUCAUAGAGUUGUAGAGUCGGAAGGGACCCAGAGGAUCAUUUGUUCCCUCAUGCUAAUGCUAGGAGCUGUAGGCUAGAACCUGUGAGCCAUUUCACUUGCUCAUAUUUUGAGAAGUCUGAUAAUGGAAAGGAGUUCUUGCUAUGAGAAAACAUGGAAAAUGAUAUGAAAGCAGAUAGCAGUAGAUGAUUAAUGAAUAGUAAAUAAUAGGUCAUCAUCAAGCAAUUCUGUAGACACUUAAUGAUGCUAUCAAAUUCCUAUUUCACUUACUUAGUCAGAUUUAUAUACCGUUUUAUCAAAAAUAUCUCCAAGCGUGAACACAAUAGUAUAAAAUAUUAUGUAAACUGAAGUACAAGGAGGCUUACAAGUACUAUAUGUUAUUACCUUAACCAUCCCUAUCAAUCUUUUCAUAAUUAUAAUAAUUAUCCCCGCAAGUACUUGUAGGGCCCCUCAGACCUGGAGCUGCCCUCUACACCACUGAAGCCUUUGACAAGUCCAACCGUUACACUGUGUGUUUGGCCUAAGCAAAUACUUGGGGAUGGGGAAUUUAGUAAGACUACUGGUUUGGAAACUAGGUAACCAUACUAGUUAUAUCUAGAAUGACUAAAGUACUAGGUAUACUAGUCAAAUCUAGAAUGACCAAAGAAAUCAUGGACAUGAGAAAAUAAUAAGAUACCUUUCCCAAGCCAUCUUUAAGGCAGAUCACAUGGGAGGCUCUCGGGACAUGGUUACUUCCCAUCUUCAGUUGUAGCUUCAGGCAUUCCAAGACUGGCAAGAGGCAGAGCAGGGAUUGGGGAACCUGUGCCCCUCCAAAUCCCUUCAGGCCCAUCCUACAUGACCAUUGGUUAGGGGUGAGAAAUUGGAGUCUGACCAUGGCUGAAGGGCCACAGGUUCCACACACCUGGGACAGAGCAAUGGUGGAAAAGCUCCCCACACUGUUUCUGCAUUAUGAUAACUGGUAGGAUUACAUUAUAUAUAUGUUAUAUAUAUUAGUAAAGGUAAAGGGACCCCUGACCAUUAGGUCCAGUCGUGACCGACUCUGGGGUCGGUCUCAUCUCGCUUUAUUGGCUGAGGGAGCUGAGGUACAGCUUCUGGGUCAUGUGGCCAGCAUGACUAAGCCGCUUCUGGCAAACCAGAGCAGCGCACAGAAACGCCGUUUACCUUCCUGCCAGAGUGGUACCUAUUUAUCUACUUGCACUUUGAUGUGCUUUUGAACUGCUAGGUUGGCAGGAGCAGGGACGGAGCAACGGGAGCUCACCCCGUUGCUGGGAUUCGAACCGCCGACCUUCUGAUCGGCAAGUCCUAGGCUCUGUGGUUUAACCCACAGUGCCACCCUUGUCUCUGUUAUAUAUAUUACAUGUAUGUUCUAUAUAUUUUCAUGUAUGGGGUGAUAAUGAACUGUUCCCAGCACCUAAGAAUACCCUUGGCAUCUACAUUCCAAUGGGAGGAGCUAAUGAGAGGAAUUAAGGAAAGUUUUGUUAUUUCCAGUUUACAGAUAGAAUUUAAACUCAAAUCCAGCACUUGGUCUCCCUGAACACCCAAUUAUAAUCGUGAGUUAUUGUAUAAUUGGAUUGAUCAUCACUUUUACAAUCUAACAAGUAAUGUAAUUCAGUUUGGAUGUCCUGGGUGUUGUGUAAAUAAAGUGAGGGCAUUCUCAUUUUGUGUAUUUGUUUUGUUACAGUUCCUUUCCCCUUUCUGAAGUGGAAGCAAUGAGCUGGUCAUUCCUCCGUGAUGUCCUAAGCGGGGUGAACAAAUACUCAACUGGAAUCGGCAGAAUCUGGUUGGCUAUUGUGUUUAUCUUCCGCCUCCUUGUCUACGUUGUGGCUGCAGAACAAGUCUGGAAGGAUGAACAGAAGGAGUUUGAGUGUAACAUUAGGCAGCCUGGCUGCGAAAAUGUCUGCUUUGACUACUUUUUCCCAGUUUCCCAGGUGAGGCUUUGGGCCUUACAAUUGAUCAUGGUCUCCACCCCAUCCCUUCUUGUCGUUCUCCAUGUUGCCUAUCGAGAAAGCAGGGAAAAGAGACACAGAAAGAAGUUGUAUAAGGACCCAGGAAGCAUGGAUGGAGGGUUGCUAUGCACCUAUCUCAUCAGUCUCCUUUCCAAAACAGGAUUUGAACUCGGCUUCCUCUUUUUGUUUUACAAGCUGUACGGCGGAUUCAACGUCCCCCGCCUUGUGAAAUGUGACAUGAGUCCAUGUCCCAACACCGUCGAUUGCUACAUCUCCAAGCCCACAGAGAAAAAAGUCUUCUUGUACAUUGUGGUGGUGACGUCCUCCUUGUGCAUCAUCUUAAAUGUAAUUGAACUCACCUAUUUGGUUUUCAAGUACUCCAUCAAAUGUUGUUUCAGAGGCUACAUCGAGAGAGUUCAAGAAUCCAAACGUGAAGACAAAAAGUCGAGUUCUGUGAAUCACAAUGGAACCACCUUAUUUCAGGGCAAUGAUGAAGUCACUAUCUUCGGUAUCCAAGGAGAUGGAAGAAUCUUGCCCACCAGCCAACAGCAAGAAUAA